UCGGGCAGAGAUGGGUUCCUCUGAGAGUUGGUCCGAGGUUUGCCGUGCCAGCAGUCACUUCGUUAUUACCUGUGUACCCGGAGCACGUGCGGUGCAGUGACACGGCCCUUCUCCUCAGCUGUAUGGAUGCUGUGGGGGUUGUCUAGCUGCCUGGAAGCCCAUUUCAAACAUGGCGUCCUCCGCUCUUCGGCUCCUCCUAUGGAGGUGUGUGUCUCGUGUCCCCGUGCAGCAGGCGCUGUGUCCUGUGCUCUCCACAUGUCCUGAAGUCGCCCAUAGAGAGGAUGAGCUGCAGGCUGGAGGUGCACUGAGGAGGUCUCUGACAACCAGCUGCCCCCAGACUUAUGGUAUCGGUGUCAGGACCCUGAUCUGACCACCAGAGGUCAAAGGAAAAAAUGAAGGAACAGGAUGAAGCGGCGCUUGCAUCCACCAACAUCACGCCGGUGCAGCAGAUAAUUGCUUCCUCCGCAGGCGCUCUGCUUACAUCACUCUUGGUAACACCUCUGGAUGUUAUCAAGAUUCGACUUCAAGCUCAAAGCAAACCUUUCACUAAAGGGAAGUGCUUUGUCUAUUGCAAUGGCCUCAUGGAUCACCUGUGUGUGUGUCUGAAUGGAAACAGCAGAGCGUGGUAUAAAGUGCCCGGCCGAUUCACAGGAACCACGGAUGCAUUCCUCCAAAUUGUCAGAAAUGAAGGGAUCCGAUCUCUUUGGAGCGGGCUCCCGCCAACAUUAGUAAUGGCUAUUCCAGCUACCGCCAUCUACUUCACCUGUUACGACCGUCUACGGGACAUAUUGAUCCAUCGUUUGAACAGCGUGGAGAGUGCCUGCCUCAUUGCUGGAGCCGCAGCCAGACUGGGAUCGGCUACCCUGAUCAGCCCGCUGGAGUUGAUCAGGACGAAGAUGCAGUCCCGACCGCUGUCGUACAAGGAGCUGACGUUCUGUAUUCGGAGCGCUGUGGUCAAGGAAGGCUGGCUGUCCCUGUGGAAAGGAUGGGGCCCCACUGUCCUGAGAGAUGUCCCCUUUUCUGCAAUGUAUUGGUAUAAUUAUGAGCUUGGAAGAAAAUGGCUUUGCCAGAGAUAUAACAAAGCAGAAGCAACCCUUUCAAUAUGUUUUGCAUCAGGAGCCUUGUCUGGAUCAUUUGCUGCUGUAGUCACUUUACCAUUUGAUGUGGUGAAAACCAGGAGACAGAUUGAAACUGGAGAACUGGAGGCGUCACGCCAUUUACAGAAAAAAUCUACAUCGACUUGGAAGAUAAUGCGUAUUAUAAUAUCCGAGAAUGGCUUUAGGGGUCUUUUUGCAGGUCUGAGUCCUCGCCUAAUCAAGAUCGCCCCCGCCUGUGCCAUAAUGAUCAGCACCUACGAAUUUGGAAAAUCUUUUUUCCGCAAGUUAAAUAAUGAGCAGCAGUUGAAGACUUUGUGAUUGAGUUUCUGUCCCUUACUGUCAUGUUUUAUUGCUGUAAAUGAAUGCGGCUGAUUGGUAGGCGGCAGGCAUGAGCGCAUGGCAAUGAUGUGAUGUGCAGGACUGUGCGCCUAAGAGGGAGAGAUGCAGGGAAUGUGCAGAAAUGCCUGUGAUACUAUUUUUGUUGGUGGCGAGUGAUCAGCAAUCCCCAGCAGCACCUUUACAGUAUUUUGCAUUGGUGUAUGGACAUCUAGAGUAGUCACUCUCUAACUGUGGGGUUUGUUGCCAGGCAACAUCUGAAUGUUGAAGGAAAUAUUCAUUGCGGAUUGUGGACAGCUCUACCCUAUGAAAUGUGUGAUUGUGUCCUAUAGUUUAGCUUAACAUAGAGCAUAUUUAAAGGAGCACCCGGACAAAACGGAUACACUGUGUCAUGCCUAGUGCAGGGGCGGAGCAUGACACAAGGUUUCAGAGAACAUCAAAGAGAAUCCCUUUAUGCUCCACCCCCUGUACUAUACAUAGCACGGUUCAGCUUUACCUUCAGUGUUCCUUUAAAGAGGUUGUGCCAAGUUUUUAAGUUAUCCCCGAUCUACAGAAUAGACAGGGAUGACCAACCUGAGGCUCUCCAGCCGUUGCAAAACUACAACUCCCAGCAUGCCCAGACUGCCUACAGCAGGGCAUGGUGGGAGUUGUAGUUUUACAACAGCUGGAAAGGGCUCUGGUUGACCAUCCCUGGAAUAGGGCAUAACUAACUGAUCAGUGGGGGGUUAGACCGUUGGGACUGAACUGAACCGAUCCCGAGAUCUGGGAUUCCCAUUCCCCCGAUCUGAUGGGGUGGCAGGUCGAGCGAACGUCCUGCCGCUCCAUGCAUUCUCCUCUUCCUGGGACUGUCUGUCUGAGAUAGCCGCGUACAGCGCUCAGCUAUUUUCGGUGGUCCCAUAAAGAAUAAAUGGAUCGGCAGAGCGCAUGCUCGACCUGCCGCCCCAUCAGAUCAGGUGGAAUUGGAUCCCCGUUCUCAGGAUCGGUUGGGUCCCAGCGGUAAGACCCCCACGAUCAGUUAGUUGUCCCCUAUCUUGCAGAUAGGGGAUGACUUUAAAACUUGGCACAACCCCUUUAAGUUAUUUAAAGCAUUAUUUAUCUCUGGUGUAUUUUGGUAGAUAUCCCGUUACUAAAGAUUACUCGUGUAACUUAGGCCUUAAUAUAUACUAUUCCCAUUUUUAUUUUUUUAUUUUUUUACUUUAGGUUUUUGUUUUUUGCCUUUUAGACUGAAAAAAACCCACUAAAAAAGAAAAAUCUAAUCCAUGUCAGAAAUUUAAAUUGUUAAAUUUUGUACAGAUACGUUUAAAGCCGAUUUUAUUAUUGUUUUCUAAUUACCGGUAAAUGGAGAUACACUGAAGAUUACUCGUGUAACUUAGGCCUUAAUAUAUAUUGUUUGCUUUUUUCAUAAUUUUUUAUUUUUUUUACUUUAGAUUUUUUUUUUGCCUUUUAGACUGAAAAAAAAUACUAAAAAAGAAAAAUCUAAGCCAUAUCAGAAAUAAAAUUGUUCUAUUUUGUACAGAUAUGUUUAAAGCUGAUUUUAUUAUUUUCUAAUUACCACUAAAUGAAGAGAUUUUUGCGUGAGCAGACAUGUGGGAAAGGCGUUUUAUUUUUAGUGGCCCUGUCAUCGUAUCUGCAAUCACAUCAGGGCUCUUUAUAAAGAAGCUAUUUAGGUCGCUGACAAAACCCAUAUUCAUGAACGUGCAGCCCAUAAAUAUAAAUGCUGGAAUUAACAGCAUCAUCAUUGCGCUGUAUUGUUAAGUACGUGCCAACGGUAUUAUAAUGGUCGUUAGUAUUAUAUGAUAAAGGGGUUGUCCGAGCUGCAGAUAUUUGACAUAGCCUCAGGAUAGGUCAUCCAUAACAAAAUGGUGGGAUACCAAAACCCGACACCCCUACCGUCAGCUGUUUCAGGCAUAAAGCUCUGCCAGAACUGAGCUACAGGACAACUACACAGUGGAUGGAGCCUUCCGCCCGCUGUAUUGUUUCUGGAGCUGCCUGAAACUGCUGAUCGGUUGAGGUGCUGGGUGUUGGACCCCCACCCAUCCUAAGGAGUAGCUCCAGCACUACAGUAACCAGCUCGGUCUACUAUCCUGAGAAUAGGACACAGUCUAAAAAUCCUGGAAAACCCCAUUACAUUACUCCAUCUGUUGGUUGACUUACAUCAUUAUCCACGCUCCUUGUCGAAAGAGGUACAAAAACACAUAAUUCUGGUGCAUGGUAUGUAUACCAGUUUUUUUAGUGUCAAUUAAGCCAGAAUUAUAGUGCAUUUAGCUUAGUAAAUCUACACCAAUUUUCAGGCUGUCUGUGGCCACCACUAGAGGGAGCUUAGGAGCACACUGCAUACUGUCAUUUCUAUGCCUUAUGUUCCAUCAAAUGAAAAGGGUUAUUCCCAUCUCAGACAUUCACGGCUGAGAUCUUUUGCAGCGACCACGAUGGCCAUAGUUACAGAAACAGCCGAGCCGCACCUUCCAUAACUCUGGCCAUCACAUAAGACGCGUCUUCCGAUCUCAGCCAUGACUUUUUUUUCUGGGACAUAUUAUUAAAAAACAAACAAACCAUAACAAACCGCCCUAUUUACUAACAUACAUAGUAUAUAAGGCCGAAAAAAGACAUCCAUCCAUCCAUCCAUCCAGUUCAGACUG